CCCUGUACUGCAGGCUGGAAAUGGUACGGUCCUCCCUCCAGCGCCCGUGGUGUCUCCGUGGAUGUUGCUAGAAGGUGAAGGCAUCAGCGCAGGCUGCGGAGGCUGCAGCCGUUGCCGCUGGCCCCCAAACACCCUGGGAGAGGGGGUGGACGGGACCUGGUGAGGGGGGUUUCUGCUCAUCCUCGGUCCUCUCCCUCCUGCCGCCGCUGGCAGGGUCCGGCAGCAUCCCUAGCAAGGAGCCAUGACCCAGGGAAAGCUCUCUGUGAACAACAAACCCCCCAACUCCGAGGGGCAAGGGGAGAAGAAGGACAAUGCCACGGCUCCACCAGCUCCUCCGACCUAUGAGGAGGCAACAGCGGGAGAAGGGAUGAAGGCUGGGGCUUACCCUCCUCCCCCAUCGGUCCCGCUCCAUCCCAGUUGGGCUUACGUCGACCCCAGCACCAGCCCCAGCUAUGGCAGCGGCGGGUACCCAGGGGACACGGAGAUGCUCACGACCUUCAGCUGGGAUGACAGGAAUGUGCGCAGAGUGUUCAUCAGGAAGGUUUAUGCCAUCCUGAUGGUCCAGCUCUUGGUCACUGUCAUUAUUGUGGCUUUCUUCACCUUCUGCGAGCCGGUCAAGGGGUACAUUCAGACGCACUCUGCCUGGUACUGGGCUUCCUAUGCUGUUUUCUUUGUGACAUAUUUGAUUCUUGCUUGCUGCUCCGGACCCAGGAGGUAUUUCCCAUGGAACCUGAUCCUGCUGAGCAUCUUUACGCUCUCCAUGGCUUAUCUCACUGGGAUGCUCUCCAGUUACUACGAUACCAAGUCGGUCCUUUUGUGUCUGGGGAUCACGGCCCUGGUGUGUCUGUCUGUCACCAUCUUCAGCUUCCAGAGCAAGUUCGACUUCACCUCCUGCCAGGGUGUCCUCUUCGUGAUGCUCAUGGUGCUCUUCUUUGGUGGCAUCAUCCUGGCUGUGAUACUGCCCUACGGCCAAGUCCCUUGGCUCCACGCGAUCUACGCUCUGCUUGGUGCCAUCAUCUUCACCAUGUUCCUGGCAUUUGAUACCCAGAUGCUGAUGGGGAACCGUCGGUACUCGCUGAGCCCAGAGGAAUACAUCUUUGGAGCCCUCAAUAUCUACCUGGACAUCAUCUACAUCUUCUCAUUCUUCCUCCAGUUCUUUGGCUCCAGCCAGGAGUGAGUGCAGCAAGGCAGUAUCUUCUCUUUGCUGGCAAGAUGCAAGUGUUGAAAAAUAUUAAAAGAAGAGCAAAAGAGGGUUUAAAAAAAACCAAAACCAACCAAACAAAACCAAACCCACCCUUUCUGGCCCACUAGCAGGCUCCAUUCUAUCAGCUGAGCAAAGCCCCUGGGUUCCUUAUGCAGCUUGUAUAUAUGCUGUUAGGCCUUUGUGACCCAGAAAGCAAAGCAGGGCUUAAGUGUUAUGUCUCUUCUGCUCCCUCCACUCCUCCUGAGAUCAAACCAGACCAGAGACUGGGAGGCAUGAGACCAAGAUCUUCUCUUCCCCAGAGGCUGUCAGAGUUGCCUGUCUGAGUCCUGUACACCAUGGGAUGUUGAUGUGCUGAGAACAGCUCUGCCAGGAGGAAAAUAACAUGAAGGGGAGGAGAGCAGGGAAUUUUUGCUGGGAUCCUGGCAGGAAAACCAGCUGAACAAAGAAAAAAGGCUAGGGAAAUCCUUGCACCCCCUGUUUCUCUCCUGCGUUCGUUUGGAGCCUUGUGGCUUCUGCAGAGAUGUAUUCCUGAUAGUACCUGCUUUUAGAAAUGCAGAGCACGGGCUCAUGUAGUCUGGGUGUCCCAGCAAUCGGUCCUGCAGGCACAAGGGAACCUGUUGGUCAGGAUGUGCAGCCUCUUUGAGGACACCCCCAAUGUCCCUGCAGGAAGAAUUCUUCUGUACCCUUUGCAUCUGGCAGUGGGGCUGAGUUUGUACUUUCUUUCCUUCCCCGAGCGGGACAGCAGGACCUCUGGCUGUGGGGUCACCUCCCCACCCGAGGGGGACACGUGUCAGUUCUCCCUGAAGUGUGGCUCCUCACCUGGGAGGGCUGGGAUCCCAUGUAAGAAUUAUUGGCAGAAAAGAGAUUAAAGAGGCUGAGUUUCAGAGCUCAGGCAAAGCCAGGCACCUCCUGAUGAGGGACAUGGGCAGCUGAGCUCUUGUAAUCCAUCAUGAGGAUCCGAUGCCUUCACAGAAUGGUCUUGGUUGCUUGAGAUUAAUGGUUUUAAGUGGCUACUAGGCAGAGACUGAGGCCAGGGUGAAGGUCUGUUGAUCAAAAUGGGCACUGCUUUGUAGCAAACACCAAUGUCACCUCUUGCUCUGGUGAUUUUCUGGUUUUGCUCUCCCAAAUGGGGAUGUCAGAGAGAGCGUUGGAUGCCUCCGAGUGCUCGGGUAACUUUCCAUCUUCCCCUUGCUUGCAUUCCCCGGUUUGGGGAUUAGCUGGCUAAUUUCUAACUGUAAAGCUCCAGGUGGAGAUAAGAGGCCUUUUGCUUUUAUUUAAAAAGUGAUCCUUCCUGCUGAUAGAAACCCAUAUCUUCAAUCUCUUUGGGAAUGCCAGGGCAAGUGCGUCACUGAGCUGCCUCUAGCAAUCCCUGCCUGUUAGAGAGAGGCUUAUGCCAAAAUGCUCCGUCCUGCGCAUUCCUCCUCUGCUGCUGCCCUGGCUUUUACCCUUCACAUGUCGUAUCCUCCUCCCGCACGUGUUCCAUGCCCCAAGCUGGGCAGAGGAAAGUUACUGUGCAGAGAGUUAAAAAACACUCUGGCCCCUCUGUGGCUGCACUGACCUUGUCUGUGAUCACACAGGAGCACAGCUGAUGCUUUCUGCCUUACCUUCCCAGUCCCUCAAACCCCCAAACCAAACACACACCCCCCACACUGCCCCACUUUUAAGGAAUAAAGGAGAUUAUUAGGUGAUGACGGCACAGUUCAUGACCCACUGAUUUCUGCAGUGCAUCAUAGAGAGGAAACCCAGGCCUUGAAUGUCUGAGCAAGGGACAGCAUGGGAGACACCCUAAAAGUUUAAGAAAUAGGAAUUUAAAGAGGAAUUUUUCUGGCUUGGAUCCAUGCAGGCACUUCUGAAGUAUCUUAGCAGACUGGCUGUGUAGCCUUCUGUUUUGGGGUUGGUUUUUUUUUUCUGCUCACAGCAAAAGGCCCAUAAGUACUUCUGCUUUCCAGCUUUUGAGGAGGGAACAUGGAGUUACAUGAUGAGUUCUGACUCUGAAGUAGUCCUGAAACUCCUCCUCUGGAGGACAAUCUAGACCAGAGCUCUGCAGCCCUCCUUUCUGCACUGGGACUUCUCUGUAGUGGCCCUGCACACCCUGGGACCUGGGAGGAGAACGUGGAUCUGCAGCCCACUCUGGAUCUCUUGCUCUUUUUCCUUCUGGUGUGGAGUAACUUUGCCGCUGCCUGAGCUGCUGGUACCUCCUGGCUUUUUGCUCCUGUGGGGGAAAAGCUCGCAUGGCCCCUGCCCCAUCUCCAGGCCACCUGAGUGGGGAUGGCUUGUUGCCCUCCCCUUCUUGCAUGUGUCCUUGUCCUCCUCCCGUGCUGGCCCUGUGGCUUGCAGCCCAUCCAUGCCAGACCCAGUGGAAGCCCUUGGACUGAAGCAGUGAGUGAGAUGUAGAUGCUCAGAAAGGUGGAAGUCCUCACAAGGCUGAGUGACACAGGAUGAGGGGUGGGAUGUAGCUAUAGGCAUGUUCCUCCUGGGUUCCCCGACCAUCUCCCCAGGGAAGGUGCGGGGCUGCUUCUCUUCCUCCCUGUGGAUGUCCUUUAUCUGAGGUCUGCAUCGUUCGGAUCCUGGCUCUGUAACGCCCCCCCUGCUUCUUUUGUUCGGCUGUUCUUAUGAUUUCAUUGUAAAUAGGAUUUUGUAUUUUCUCUGAACAUUGCUAAUAAAUUGUUGCAAAACUGUU